GGACCCCCAGAGUCCUGACAUUUUUCUUGGCAGCAUAUUAACUGUGUUUCUCAUCUGGCUCUUAACUGAACUAAAAGAUAAUAAAAAAGAGCCAGAUACUACAAACCACAGCUACGCUGAAAAUCGCACAGAACUCAGAACAAAAACAACAUUGCACACAUGGAGUGUAGAACAUGAUUGAAAACAUGCGGACAAUGGUUGGUGGGAAAUGCUCAACCAUACUGUACGGAACACUUUGAACAUUACUGACACUGGUUUAUAUAUGAUGUAGUGAUAUUGUUGUUUUUGCUUAUCAUAACUUGUGUGAAAAAGUUAUGUACUAAAACUGUUGACACUGUUUUAAACAUGCCCCUGCUUACUAAUGAUGACCAGUGUAAUGAUUCAAAUGAUGACCCUUUCAACAAAAUGGCAGAUGACCUGAUGAAUUAAGAUAGUGGGGAAAAUCUGCAAGCGGGAUACGUUGGGUCGUCACUUUGUUCAUAUUACACUACAUGUUAAACUUUGUAAAUCUCGCUUUAACUUGUACUAUUGUGUGUGUUUGAAUCAAUUUUCUGAAUAAGGUUGAGACAAAGUCUCAAAAGGGAGGGAAUGUUAUAGAAAUGUUACAGAAAAUAGAACUGACUCGACAUAAUGUACUGGCAUUUUGUUCUCCCAUAACCUUGCAUGCCUUGCUAAAGAUAAGGAACCGCAAGAUGCCUACACUGCAGCUGCGGCUGUGAGAAAAAAGGAUGAGCCAGACGUGUCUUUUUGCACGUAUACCCAAACCACCCAUCCUUUUUAUCUGCUUGCUUAGUUUUAUGCCAAGUAUGCAUAGUUAUAAGUUUUCUCUUAUAUGCUAAUACCUGAAUCAUCAUUGGCUAACCCUCUGCCUUGCUGACAAUUUUAAGGUAUAUAAGAAACUGAUCCAACUCUGUAUGUUGGAACACUGCUCGAUGAUUAUCUAGCACCCUGUGUGCUGAGAGUGUUCUCAGUUUGCAAACUUAAGAAAUAAAGGCCUGUGUGUUUGGAACUCGCAGUCUCUCUUCCUUUAUUAGAAUUUCCACGACACAAUUAAUCUUUGCAGAUUACGUAUCCCAGCAGGCAAUUCUGUAAUUGCAGCAGAAAUUGUUGACACAGAGGUUCGCAGUUCGCUGCACUCCGGCGGUGUAAGAAUACAAGAUAAGGUGCUGCUGACUGCGGUUCUUGCUCCGGAUAAAAAUGCUUAUUUUAAUGACAUUUGGAAGCAUCGCAAUAGUCGUCGUUCUUUCGGUAGCAUUGGCUCCAUACAUCAGGAGGUAUUUUGCUGGGGGAGUGUGUAAGUCAGCAGCCAGGCUUGAUGGGAAGACCGCUCUCAUUACCGGGGCGAACACAGGAAUCGGGAAGGAGACAGCCAGGGACCUGGCGCGCAGGGGCGCUCGUGUGAUCAUUGCCUGUCGAGAUCUAUCGAAGGGAGAAGCUGCUGCUUCACAGAUCCGUGCAGAAACCGGCAGUGAGCAGGUGCUGGUGAGGAGGCUGGACCUCGCUGAUACCCGCUCCAUAAAGCAGUUUGCAGAGGACUUUUUGAAAGAGGAGAAUCGGCUUCACAUCCUGAUCAACAAUGCUGGGGUGAUGAUGUGCCCGUAUUCACACACUGUGGAUGGUUUUGAAAUGCAGUUUGGAGUCAACCACCUGGGUCACUUCCUCCUCACUCACCUCCUGCUGGAUCUCCUGAAGCAGAGCGCUCCCGCCCGCAUCAUCAACGUGUCAUCACUAGGUCACAACUUUGGGCGAAUCAAAUUUGACGACCUGCAGAGUGAGAGGAGCUACGAGGGGGGGCUGGCCUACUGCCAGAGCAAGCUGGCUAACGUGCUGUUCACCCGUGAACUGGCCAAGCGCCUGGCAGGAACCAGGGUGACGGUGAACUCUGUGCACCCCGGCACUGUGAAGUCUGAGCUGGUCAGACACUCCUCACUGAUGGCCCUCAGCUGGAGGAUCUUCUCCUUCUUCAUCAAGAACCCAUGGGAGGGAGCGCAGACCAACAUCUACUGUGCCGUGGCAGAGGAGCUGGAGAACGUCUCAGGGAAACACUUCAGGUCCUAGAUUAAUGGGCCCUGCUUGUACGGAGGUUUCCCCAAAUGAGAGGGUGUCUAAAGGCAUUGGGGAAUCCUGCCCGGUGGUCGAAUCCGCUGACCCCUGUCUGGUUAAGAGGUCAGUGGUUGACUGGUUCACAUAGUACACAUAUGUUCUACAGCAGGAUAAACCCAUAUAUUUCCCCUCAGUCAAGUUACCCCUGCACCAACAGAGAGUUUUAUUCGUAAAAGGAACGGUUCGGGGAACAACUUGGGCCAACAACGUUUUUUGUUGACUUUCUACUAGUUUCUCACACCAGUUAGUGUAUAACGGUAGGGUACUAUUAUCAUAGCAAUCAACAUGCUCCUUUGAGCAGUUACGUCCUCUGUCAGUGCCAGUGUAUACGUUUAAUGCCCCUCUGAACAGGUUCAUUUUCAGCUGGUUACUUAAACUCCCUAUACGUUCCAUAUGUUUUAUGCAUUCUAUUUGCCCAAAAUUGCCCCCUUGGGUAACUGUGACUACGGCCAUGGCUGGCCCAAGAGUGUUAGUAGGUACUUCUACUGGCUACAAGGGAAAAGGUUCCUCUGCUGAGUGAGUCAUAAGGGAGCAUACAUAACAAGGUUCAGUAAUGUUCAAAGUGUUCCGUACAGUAUGGUUGAGCAUUACCCACCAACCAUUGUCCGCAUGUUUUCUGCACUCCAUGUGUGCAAUGUUCUUUUCUGAGUUCUGUGCGAUUUUCAGCGUAGCUGUGGUUUGUAAUAUCUGGCUCUUUUUUAUUAUCUUUAAGUUCAGUUAAGAGCCAGAUGAGAAACACAGUUAAUAUGCUGCCAAGAGAAAUAAGUCAGGACUCUGGGGGUCCAAAGCCGACUGUCCCAAGGCCAUCCGAGCCGUCUACGUUGUUCCAGGGGGCGAUACAUCUCCCUUCGGGCUAUAGGGCACUUUUCUGCAAUGGCUGGCAUGGACCCACGUUGAUCGUUCAGCGACUUUCACCGCUGUCUGUGUUGUCAGGAGCACCUGGAACGGACCUGUCCAGCGUUGUUGAUGCCAAUGCUUCCGGCGGAGGUCUUUGAUGAUCACCCAGUCCCCUGGCAGGAGCUUGUGGAGCGCCCCUUCCUUCGGUUCGGGUAGGGCAGCUUCUACCCUGGGAAAAAUAGACUUCAGAACAUUGUUAAGAGAAGCACAAUAUUUUACCAUUUCAUCCUCACAUCCCAUUAGGAUGAGCCUAUUUUGAGGAAAAGGUGUGUUCAGCAUCCGCAUUGGGCGUCCCGUUAACACUUCAUGAGGUGCUAGCCCUGUAGUACUGUGCGUGCGUCCACGCAUGUACAUCAGGGCCAACGGCAAUACUGUAACCCAGGAGAGCCCUGUUUCAGCCAUGAGCUUAGUUAGUUUAGUUUUUAUUGUUUGGUUCGCUCUCUCCACCAAGCCUCCGCUUGCGGGGUGGUAGCUACAGUGUGUGCGUAAAUCAAUUUGUAGGCUUUCAGAAAUGUUCUGUACCACACUGUUCACAAAAUGAGAACCAUUGUCAGAUGUCAAUUUAGAUGGCAGACCCCAUCGGGGUAUAAUCUCUCUCAUCAGGCUUUUUGCUACUGCCAUAGCUGUGGCAUGUCUGCAGGGGAAUGCUUCAAUCCAUUUAGAAAAAGCAUCAAUUAUCACAAGGCAGUACUUGUAACCUUGGCAAGAUGUUAAUUCAAUAAAAUCCAUCAUGACAUGUUCAAAGGGGCCCUCCGGCCUCGGAUGAGCUGAUACGGACAUGGGCGUGCUGCGGCCUACAUUGUUGGUCAUACAAAUCACACAUUUAGCACAAAAUUGGUUAGCAUAUGUAGAAAAACCUGGAGCAAACCAAAAAUUGUUAACAACAUUCACCACCCCUCCCUUUGACACAUGGUCUU